AUGGAUACUUUCUCGUGGGAUUGUGAAGACUUGCUGUCAGAACAACUACCUCUUUUGUCUAUGGCUCGGAUCAAAGCUGAUACCGCAAGCCUAGCCUUCAACUUCAGCUACUCUCAGUCAUCUAUGGCUGCGCCUACCCCUGCCAUGUUUUCUUUUUCUCAUACAGAACCAACGGCGGACCUUAUGAACGGUUCGUCGUGGGGUGCAAAUGCAGAAGGGCCACAGAACCUACAUGAUUACCCGGACAAUGGAUCAUCGCACUCAGGAGAAGCCGAGGACUAUCUUUUUGCAUCUGGUCAUAACUCACCUCGGGGACCCAGACUUGAUCAGGCCCAACCCGCUGCGGUGGCCUGGGCCGCUCCCAAGGCGCCCAUGUCCAUCCACAUAGGAGCCCAGGCAAUGUCUCGAGCUAGCUCGAGCCGCUCCAACGGCUCUGUUGUUUCACCGACACAGAUGUCUAAUAUGAGCACUAGAGGUAAUGCACAAGCUUUCCGGAGUGGAUCUCAAUCUACUGGCUCCAUGAACGGAAUGGAUUCCUGCCUCUUGAACUCAGAUGCCCACGGUGUUUCAUCCCACAUGUACUGGUCCGACUACGCCUCUCUCGAAAUGGGCCUGGGUGCCGAUGGCGUUGCUUUCCCGGUCCAUAACGUGAACCCGCUCCACGUGGUUCCAUCUCAGAUGCACUUUGCCAAUGAUUCUGUUCCGGAUGCAUCAUCCCCCAGCACUUGGGAUUGCUUUUCCAGCUCCAUCUCCAGAACUUCCUCCCCUGCUACCAUUGAUGAUUCAUGGCAGUCUGCUCCUUUUAGCCCUGCCUCUUCCCCCGAGCUUUGCCAAUCGCCUAGAGACAGAAAAAUCCCCAUGAUGCCAGAGGACCUUCACAAACACCAAAUGGAAGAUACUUCCUCUCUUCCCCAAGCCUAUACCGCUCGCCGACAGGGAAAUGAUGGAGAGUCUGCCCGAGACCAUGCUUUGUACAAGAACGUCACUCCCAAGGGAGACGGCCUCUUUCACUGCCCCUGGGAGGGCCAGCAAAACUGCAACCACAAGCCCGAGAAGCUUAAGUGCAACUACGACAAGUUUGUUGACUCCCACUUGAAGCCCUACCGAUGCAAGGCUGAAGCUUGCGAGGGCGCCAGGUUCUCCUCUACUGCCUGCCUUCUUCGCCACGAGCGUGAAGCUCAUGGUCUUCACGGCCACGGCGAUAAGCCUUUCCUCUGCAUGCAUGAAGGUUGUGAGCGAUCAAUUCCUGGCAGCGGUUUCCCCCGCCAGUGGAAUCUGCGAGACCACAUGAAGCGAGUCCACAAUGACCACGGCAGCGCUGGUAGCUCCCCUAUUGGAGCUGCUCAGCAAGCCGCCAAGGGACGCAAGCGCAAGUCGUCUGAUGUUUCUGAUGCCCAAGGCUCCACCAGCCGCAAGGCCUCCAUCAAGUCGAUGCCUGCCCCAGAGCCAAAGCAGCCCCCUGUCAAGCCUCUCAUUGAACAGUGGAUGGACCACCGCCAGGUGGUCACUGAGAUGCUUAGCCGAAUGACCAAGCCCAAUGAUCUCCACAACCUCCAGCACAUUUCUGAGGCCCAAAAGCACCUUGAGGCUAUGCUCAAGAUGACUUCGGCCCAAGUGAACAUCAAGACUGAGUUGGCACCCAACGGCCGACACUAUUUGCCUUGA